AUGGACAUUGGAAACGCGCCGCGCAACGCUCUCACGCAGCUUGAGUACUACUUCUCUAACUAUAACAUCACCCGUGAUAAGUGGAUGCUCGACAAGCUUCGAGAAUCGACAGAUCAGUCUAUUGAGCUUUCCGUGGUGAACGACUUUCCAAAGCUGAAGGCCUACGGCCUGACACCUGAGCAACUCCGUGACGCUGCCAUUGACUCACCAGUCAUUGAGGUGUCAAGCGAUCUUAGGGUUAAACGUCGCGCUCCCAUUCCCGCCAACUACCAGCCGGAGCCCCUCACCCUCUAUAUAAAGGGUUGGCCGCUGGGGUUCACGGUUGAUACCAUCAGGAUUUUCUUUCGCGAUGUCCUUAAAGUUCGUAUAGAACACGUGGGGUUGCGCUACCUCUCAGGCAAGGAGCGGAAAUUUAAGGGAUCUGCAUUUAUUGUGUUUUCGACUCUGGAGGACUGCGAGGAAUGCUGGAAGCGCUUUGGCUCUCAGGAGAUAGAAACAGAAGAGGCAGUUGCUCGUGCGAAGUCCUUAUCUGAGUUGGAACCUGCCGCAUUAACAGAGGAGCUGAGCAAGAAUCUUAUUGUGCUUAAGCUGGAUAGUUGGAAAGCCGGCAGCAAAAAGGGGAAGCAGUCGGCCGCGUCUAAGAAGCAGAUGACAAUCACUAAAGGGAUGAUACUCAAACUUACGGGUAUAGGGCGACUAGGGUUUGAUGAGCAGUCGAAUGCAGUCAAGUCUGACUUUGUACCCGUGUCUGACGCACCCAAGGACCAGGCUCCAUCGCGGGAUGUUCUCAAGAGCGUCUUCUCCCAGUUCGGGGUCAUUAAGUUCAUUGAUUUUCAGCCUGGUGCAGAAGUGGGGUAUGUCCGCUACCACACAGACCACCCUGCAGCAGCAGAGGCUGCGGUGAAAGAGUACUCUAACAAGGAACUUGUUCUCUGUGGAGGGACGUGCAAAGUGGAGUUACUAGCAGGGGACGAGGAGUUGCAGUACUACGAAAAGAUUAGAAAGGCAUCCGACAGCCUCACAGCGAAGCGCAGGGUUAAGCAGUGA